AUGAAGCCGUUUGAUCUUUGCUACACCCUACUGGUCGGUGCUGCCGUACUGCUGCUAGUUGCUGACGAUGCACUUGCCGGAAGGGAUUUCUACAAAAUUCUGGGCAUCCGAAAGACGGCCAGCAAAAAUGAAAUUAAAAAAGCUUACCGAACACUAGCAAAAGAACUGCAUCCGGACAAAAACAAAGACGAUCCUGAUGCGUCGCAAAAGUUCCAAGAUCUGGGCGCUGCCUACGAAGUGCUGUCCGACGAUGACAAACGAAAGCUGUACGAUCGGUGCGGUGAGGAGUGUGUGAAGAAGGAGGGCAUGAUGGACAACACGGACCCAUUCGCACAGUUCUUCGGUGAUUUCGGAUUCGGGUUCGGUGGGCAGGAACAGCGUGAAACGCCCCGUGGCGCCAACAUUGUGAUGGACCUUCACGUAACGCUGGAGGAACUGUACAGUGGGAACUUUGUGGAAAUUACCCGCAACAAACCGGUCAUGAAACCGGCAUCCGGCACGCGAAAGUGUAACUGUCGGCAGGAAAUGGUCACACGCAACCUUGGCCCGGGUCGAUUCCAGAUGAUGCAGCAGACGGUGUGCGACGAAUGUCCGAACGUGAAGCUAGUCAACGAGGAGCGCACGAUCGAGAUCGAGAUCGAACCGGGCAUGGAGGAUGGCCAGGAGACCCGCUUCUCCGGCGAAGGCGAACCACACAUGGACGGGGAUCCGGGCGAAUUGAUUCUGAAGAUUAAAACCGUCCCGCACACGCGCUUCGAACGACGGGGCGAUGAUUUGUACACGAACAUCACGAUUAGCUUGCAGGAUGCGCUGGUUGGGUUUACGCUCGAUAUUGUACAUCUGGAUGGGCACAAGGUGACUGUAACGCGGGAAAAGGUGACGUGGCCUGGGGCGAGAAUCAGGAAGAACGGUGAAGGUAUGCCAAACUAUGAAAACAACAAUCUGCACGGUACGCUGUACAUUACGUUUGAUGUCGAGUUCCCGAAAUCGCAGCUAACUGACACGGAAAAAGAAGAUAUUAAGAACCUCCUAAAUCAACCCUCCAACAACCGAGUGUACAAUGGACUAAGAUACUCAUAAAGAAGC